ACAGUAAUUGGCGAUUAUCUAAAAUUUUGCACAUGAGCGCAUUUUCUCUACAUCUUCUUAGUAAAGAGAAUUUUUUAAAGUUUAUAAAUUCGGACAUAAUUGGACUGGGGAGUGCUCUGAAUAUUUGUAUUCCCACAGAACUUUAUGCCGCCAUUAAACGAGGCUCUUGGAAAAUCUCAAAGUUCUGCAGUGGAUAUAUCCUGAUUGUUGACACAUUUCCUGAAAUGAGUGUUUCAAAUUCAGAUUGUUUUCAAUCCAUUCCGAAUAAGUCGAGGACUUCGUGUGAUAUAUUGUUCUGGCGUGGUCAUAUCUACGAGUCAACUGAUGUGAAUCUGUCACGAGAUGUUGGUCAUUUUCUGGAUGAACUUUCCAGUAACAAAAGUGUGGAUAAUGUUAUACAGUUAAUAGGCUCUCUAAGUGGUUCAUUUUCGCUGAUAUUUAUAGAUGUUGAAUAUGGAAGAAUCUACUUCGCAAGAGACCGAUUUGGCCGCCAUUCUGUUGUCGCUAAAAGGUUUCUGGGAGCAAAAGAGGAUCAAUUCCACAUUAGCCUUAUUUCAAGUAAUGUUAUUUUCAGUACUCCCACUUUGUCUGAAGCUUCCUUAAAGUCACUCGAAAAUAAUGCACAAGAUUGGUUUGAGAUUCCAGCUAGCGGAAUAUUUGUUUCACAAAUAGCGUUUGCUAAGGACAGUAUUUUCCUUUCAGAUAUCAGUUUAUACCCAUGGUCUAAUGAACAUUUAACUUUGUGCCCAUCCAACUUUCCAGUUUCUGUUGGUCGGAUUUUACACAAAAAUGAGAGUUACAUUGGCAUAACUCUACCGUCAUUAGUACUUACAACUCUCAAAGAAGCGCAACAGGAAUUUUUGGAUUUAUUACUCACUGUCAUACGUGACUCAGUCAACUGGGAUUUGUCUUUUGAUAAAAUAUCUAACUUGUUGAAUUCUCCUGAUGAGAACUGGUCAGGAUCAUUUUUCGGUUUACUGUUCAGUGGUGGUUUGGACUCUUCUGUUAUUGCAGCGUUAGUUGAUAGAUGUGUUCCUACAAACUACUCCAUUGAUUUGAUCAAUGUUGCUUUUCAGAGAGUAUGCCCUAGUCAAUCUACUAAUGAUAACACUAACUUUCAAGAUGGCAAUAAUUUAGUUUCAGCUGAAGAGGCUCCUGACCGACAAACUGCCCUAAAGAGUUAUGAAGAGUUGUGUAAAUUGUCCCCUCAACGCAAAUGGAAUUUAAUAAAAGUAAAUGUCGAUGUCAGUGAAAUUCAAGAAGCUAGGGUAAAACAUGUGUGGCCGUUGCUGCUUCCAGGACAUACUACAGUUCUAGAUGAUAGUUUGGGCUUGGCUCUUUGGUUUGCUGCUCGUGGACAAGGUGUACUUCACAAUCCAAAUGGUGUGGAAGUGAAAUGCACUUCAUCUGCUAAGUUUUUGUUUCUCGGGUCUGGUAUAGACGAACAACUAGCUGGUUAUGCUCGUCACCUUACCACCUAUAAAAAAUUCGGUCGUGAAGCACUACUGAAAGAACUUUCCAAAGAACUACUCUAUAUAUCCAAUCGUAAUCUUGGUAGAGAUGAUCGUUUAAUAUCUGCUCAUGGACGCAUGGCUCGUUUACCCUAUCUAGAUGAAAGGAUUGUCGGCUUUUUAGCUAAAAUUCCACUGGAGUUCAAAAUAAACCCUGAUCUACCGAAAGGUCAAGGUGAGAAAUUUUUACUGCGAAAAGUUGCUGAAAUGUUGAAUUUAAAUUAUGCAUCUAAGCAACCGAAACGUGCAAUGCAGUUUGGUAGUCGUGCGGCUAAGGCGGAAGGAUUUAAACGUUUAACCGGGUCAGCUGAUCAAGUUCAAUUCACUAAUCAAUGUGAAUAAAUGUCUACAUAAGAGUUUGUAAGAGGGACUGAGAAUAUACAUUCCUUAUCGUUGUUCUAUGAUAUCCUCUGCAGUAUUUUUUAUUCAUUUAAAUGUAGUAUACUCAACAAAUUUUUACUGUCAUUCAAAUAUAAAUCAUAUCUUAC